CAGGUUGUCAAGUGCAAGAUGUAGAUGUCAGAUUCUGUUCGAGUAAAAUGAAUAUAUCCCAUUGAAUUAAUUACACAAAAAUAUUCGAAAGCUUGCUUUCACAUAGUGUGAAUAACAAAAUGUAAGCAUGGGCAGCAGAAAAAAUGUCAACAACGCAGCACGUAGGAACUGUAUCACUCAAAACUUCUUGUGUACCAUUAUUAAAAUCGAAUUUGGACAGAAUAUCCGUGUUGUUUUCAGCGAAAUUGAGUGAAAAUAGUGCCUCGGACCUCUGCAAUGAAGAUCAAAACGUUACCAUCUACGAUGUUUAUUCGAUGGUGACUAGCACGGAUCGAACAGUAGGUUCAGAUUUCAUAAGCAGACUUCAGAAAUAUGUUGAUGACAUCUGCGGAGAAGGCUACACUGGGGGCGUAGCUGGGGAGGAUUCGUGUUAUGAUUCAGACUACGAGGCGGACGCCCCUGCUAGGCACCAGGAUGUCUCGAGAACUACAAGUGACACCCUGGCAGCGGAGUAUGUGGAUUACAUACAGACUUCACCCGAUUCCGAUCCGGGUUAUAUAACCAGGGUGGAGUUCGCGCUCAAGCUAGGCUACACGGAGAGGCAGGUACAGGCCGCGCUCCAGAAACUCGGACCCGCGCCGGCGCAGAACGAACUGCUCGCCGAGCUCAUCAAGCUGGGCGCGCAGAAGGGCGGCUCCUGCGACAGCAGCCCCUCCGACAGCCAACUCGACAUAUCCGAGCAGAUCGACGUGACCACGCUCAACACCCAGACCCUCCGGCCCAUAGUCGUAGACGGCAGCAACGUCGCAAUGAGCCACGGCAACAAGGAGGUGUUCUCGUGCCGCGGCAUCAAGAUAUGCGUCGACUGGUUCAAGGCGAGGGGCCACAAGGACAUCACCGUGUUCGUGCCCAAGUGGCGCAAGGAGGGCCCCAGGCCCGACAACCCCAUCAGCGACCAGGAGAUCCUGGCCGAACUGGAGAAGGACAGGCUGCUGGUGUUCACCCCUUCGAGGCUGGUGGGCGGGAAGAGGAUGGUGUGCUACGACGAUAGGUACAUACUGCGACUGGCGGCGGCUAAUGACGGCGUCGUGGUCAGCAACGAUAACUAUAGGGACUUGUGCCAGGAGAGCGCGGAGUUCAGGAAGGUGGUGGAGGAGAGGAUAUUGAUGUAUUCCUUCGUCAACGAUAGGUUUAUGCCUCCGGAUGAUCCGCUGGGUAGAUCGGGUCCUACUCUUGAUAAUUUCCUACGUACGCAACCGCGCAAAGGUGAUCCACCCCCUCCAUGUCCGUAUGGGAAGAAAUGUACCUAUGGCAACAAAUGCAAGUAUCACCAUCCGGAACGCGGACCUUUACCUCAUAAAACUGUGACCGAGAGGCUUUCAGAACACGCCCAACGCCAUCUACAGGCUCGCGAAGGAGAUAUAAGAAAAACACCCCUAGGCAGAACGAGAUCCAACGUACCACCGCCUAAAGAGAUCCAACACCCGAUAGUCUCGAAGAGUCAGAGCGUAGACAACGUGGGGACGUCCUACCAAAACAUGCAAUCGCAGGAAAACCUGCACAGGAAGCUCCAGAGGCAGCUGACCCUAAACCCCAACUCCGACCCCCGUCUCCUGAACCGUAGGUACAUCCCCGUGCAGGCCACGAGCAGCAACCCCCUGCAAGGCAACAUGCCGAACCCCUUCUUGAGCCCCACGAGCUGGGACAUGCACCAGCACGUCACCAGGAUAGCGUCCGCGCCCGACUCCUACAGGAACUGGCCCCAGACCCACGGCUCGGUCGCGCACCGACCCAUGCACAGGCUGUCCAGUUGUUCCGACCCGCAGCUGAAUGUGUGGCCGGCCCAGUGGGCCGGUCAGGCUUCCCUUCCGUCCCAUCCGUCCGUGUUGGAGGAGACGAGACGGAAGAUGCAAUAUCACUUGGCAGCUAUCUUCCCGGAGGAUCAGGUGACUCAGGCCAUGCAGCUGCACCCGGAAGAGACGAAUCCGCAGAAGAUUUGCGCAGCUAUUUUGUCGAUCUUUCACAAGACAUAGUCGAGGUUAUUUCUUGGUUGCCGUCAAGUAGAUUGAAAGUAUUUAUUCUAUUAGGAAAUGCCUAUUCGGUUAGGCGAUUGUUAGUUUCUUGUUGGUUCUGUACAUUUGAGACGAUCAAGUGUAUUUGAGCUGGGGAAUUGGAGAAUUCAGCGUACUCGAUACUCAGAAAUGUUACGAAUUAUUCGAAAUCGUCUCGGUUAAGUUCGUUCCUUUGAAUCCGUUGGCAGUUGAUGGAUUUUGUUACAAACCACGUGAGUAUCUGACGUUCCUGUCAAAGUAUCUGACAUUUCUGUCAAAGUAUCUGACGUUUCUGUCAAAAUAUCUGACAUUUCUCUCAAAAUAUCUGACAUUUAUGUCAGAUACUCAAAUCGACAUGCGACCUCUGAUAACAUCUCAAUCAUUCUUCAUUACAAGCCAGUAAGUGUCAAGAGGACAAGAUCAUUGUUGGCUCGUUCCAAUAAGAGUUAACCUUGCACAAAUUCAGGUCAUCUGUCGUUUAAAUGAAUAAACGAUGGUUCGUAACAAGAAGCAGACUAUUUCUGAGUUGUGCAAUUGUUUCACGAAGGUGCUAGACAUUUUGAAAGGGAAAUUCCAUCGAGUUGUGACUUGGAAUUUCGCAUUAUUAAAUUUUCUAUGAUCAGCGAUUCAAUUAAGUGUGUUACUUAUGUUUUAUUGUUGCGCUGUUGUUACAUUUGUAUUAUUUUUUACGUUUAUAAUUGGCAAGACCAAGUACGACUUAGGUUUUUAAUAAUCUUGAUUUAUAUACAUGAAAAUAUUAGUUGAUAUUAACUUCAUAUUGAAGAUGUAACACAAUAGCUUCUUAUUGUAGUUUGAUGUACUAACUAAUUUCUGCUUUAUAAAUAAUUGCAAAGUUGAUACUAUGUAUCUCUGGUAAAUUGUUCCAAUUUUUUAUAGUAUAGUAUAUUACGAAUAUUAAUAUUAACAAGAAUUCCAUCGGUUAAUCCUGAACAAAAGAGAUUUAGGUAAGAUAUGCCCCGAUAUUAACGCAUUCACAAUAUUUGUGUUUUGGUAUCUCCCAAUGUUACAUGUAAACUAAAUAGCCAACCUAUGGAUUGAUAUAAUGUUAGUGCCAAUAUUGUUGAAAUUUAUUGUUUUUUGUGUGUAACAUUCGAUUCCUUGUUGAAACUGCCUGAUUUAACUUCACGAUUCUUUUUUAUUGGGACACAGACGUUGAAGAUUUUUUUUUUUUGUCAGACUUGUUCACAGCUGGUGUUUCUAUGAAAUACAUAUGCUUAGGUGCUUAUUCUUGAGUAACUCAUUAAGUGCUGAAUGAAGUUAAUUGGCAGUUCCUCUAGUUGUAUCGUUGAAUUUUUGUUCACAAGGAGUGAAAGAUAUGUCUGUUUCAUGAUAAAACGUUCAUUCUUAUAGAAAAUUGUGUAGUUUGAAUAUAAUCGAAAGGAAUUAAGUUCACGCAAAUAAUAGUGUGAAAACGCAUCAGCAGAUGUAGGGAUAUCGACAAAAUUAGAUGUUCAUGUUCAAAUGUAGUUAAUGUUUCAAAGUAUAUAAGUAUUUCUUAAGUUUGUUAAUCCAGAAUGCUUCCUAUUUAUUUUUAACCAUUAAACAAUCAAACA